GGUUCUUUUCUUGGUUGCCUUGGGUUGUCUUUACGUAACGAGACGAAAGGAAGCAAGUAAUCUAAUGAGCAAAAACGGCAACCACCCCACCAUAAAAAUCUAAUUGUAUUUUUUCUCAGUUUUCCAGAAUCAGAUCUCUUUCUCUGACCCCAACGCCAACGGCUUUUUCUUGCUAGUUUGAGAUUGUAUAAUGGAAGGAAUCAUUGUGAGGAGAGUUAUACCAUCUGACAACAGUUGUCUCUUCAACGCAAUCGGUUAUGUCAUGGACAAGGACAAGAAGAAAGCUCCUGAGCUAAGACAGGUGAUAGCUGCUGCAGUUGCAAGCGACAAGGAGAAGUAUAACGAAGCAUUUCUUGGGAAGCAAAAUGAAGAAUAUUGUGCUUGGAUUCUCAAUCCGGAGAAGUGGGGAGGUGCGAUUGAGCUUUCGAUAUUAGCAGACUAUUAUGGUCGAGAAAUUGCAGCUUAUGAUAUUCAAACCAGUCGAUGUGACCUGUAUGGACAGACCAAAAACUACAGCGAAAGAGUUAUGCUGAUCUAUGACGGUCUUCACUAUGAUGCUCUCGCUUUGUCUCCAUUUGAAGAUGCUGAGGAAGACUUUGAUAUGACUAUAUUUCCAGUUGGUAAAGAUAGAUCCAUUGGGGCCAUUGAAGGGCUUGUUCUAAAUCUAGUAAAGGACCAACAAAGGAAAAGGAGUUACACAGAUACUGCAAACUUCACUCUGCGUUGUGGUGUUUGCCAAAUUGGUGUUAUUGGACAAAAGGAAGCUGUGGAGCAUGCUCAGGCAACUGGUCAUGUCAACUUCCAAGAAUACCAUUAAGGGAAUGAUUUGAUUAUAAUUUUAUGUUGUCAACAAAUUCAAAUUCAAAUUCAGUCUGUUGUACAAUUCAUAUUGUGUUGUUUUCUUUCUUUAGAUGUAUCCUAUCUUCAAGAGGAGCAUCAUUGUUGUCUCACCAAUAAUGUCAUGAAAAUUUGGACAUAUUUGUCUUCAUUUUCUCUUUGGUUCAAAAUAAUAACAUUCCACACGUGUUCAGUCA